AUGUCGGAUGAUUUUCUAGCUGGUCGAAUCAAGCAGAACUUUGAUUUGGAAACCAAAUGUAGUUGCCAAAGAGAUUGCAAAAUAGCACAUAACUUCCGGAAUUGCACUCUUGGCGACAGCCAAGUGCAGAAAUCGCUUCGUCAUUUGAGACGGCGGUGUGCUAAGCUAGAGCGAAAGCUGCAAGAAAAAGAGACGAUAAUACAAGCAUUGCGUGAACAGCAACAGACACGCCUUCCACUGCUGAUGCACGAAACAAUGCGCAGCCUGCACUCGCUGGAGAACAUUCAGUCCAGCGAACCAGCGUAUGAGCUGCCAAAUUCGCAUUCUGUUAUAAGCUGCAUGGCCCAGGAACGAUCUGAGGUCGAUGCCCGCAUCCAUGAAUACGAAGUGCAGAUAGCUGAGCUGUAUGAAGAGAAUCAACAAGAAAGACUCAAAAAUGAGAUGCUGAAAGAAUGUUUGUGCGAGUCAAAGCGUUCCAAGUCGAAGCUGAUAAAAGCGUGUAAACAGGCAAAGAAAGAGCUUCAGAUCAUAAAAGAUAGUGGACUUAGUCAAAUGUUGAUGGAUAUUGAAGUGCGCUGUGAUUUGAUGGAGAAGGAGAAAGCUCAAAAUGUGGAUGAGCUUCUAGCCGAGCGCUCUGUGCGUAUGGAGCGAGAAUUGGUUCUGAAGGCCACCACCGAGCAGGUUGACAAAUUAAAUCUAGAAGCGACCAAGUGGGAGGCGAUAGUUGCAAAGAAGAGAAGAAAGAUAAGGCGUUUACGAGAUCAAAUAUGUGCUCAGCAGUUGACAAUUGAAAACUUGAAAGCUGAUAUAGAAAAGGUGGAUCAAAAUCUUGACUACUCUCCUUACCUUAGUCAAGAUGAUAAGCUCGGAGAGAUUGAGCAAUUGGAACUCAUUCCAGUCAAGCUUAGGGCGCGAGUCCGAGAAGCAGAACAACAACUGCGUCAGCUGAGGACUGAAAACGACUUCUUGCGAAGUCAGCUUGAAUUUUUGAACAAAAAAAGUUUACCGGAGAGCAACAAACUUUCGUGGACAGCUUGGGACACGAACAAGUUACUUAUCCAGCUUCGAUAUAUCAAUAAACGAUUGCGCGCACUGAAGGAAAUGUCAGUCUUACAGAAUCAACGCUGA